AUGGCACGCACGAAAAUGGUAGCUCACAAGUCUACAGGCGGUAAGCGUUCAAUUCACCCUCUCAGAAACUUACCGACUAAUUCCAAAUCAAAAUUAUUCCACCACUCCUUGCCAGUGAAUACACACCGAUUUCGUCGUGGCGAAGUGGCAUUGCGCGAGAUUAGAAGAUACACGAGCUCGACGGCAAGGGGUUUGUUAAUCCGCGAGCUGCCGUUUCAGAGACUGGGCGACUUCCGAUUCCAAUCGGCCACCCUCGAAGCGCUGCAGGAAUCCUCCAAGGCAUAUUUGGUGCAAUUGUUUGAGGAUACUUCGAAAUGGUACAGUACUAUGAGGUUGUGUGCUGUUCAUGCGAAGAGGGUGACAGUUAUGCCGAGGGAUUUGAUGCUUGUGAGGAGGUUAAGGGAGUGUCGGGGGUGA